AUGCUGCUCCGCCUCUGUCGCGUGCUCAACCUGGUCGUCUUGUCCGCGAACGCGGCGCAUGAGGUGUUGCAGCUGCAGGACCACGCCUUCGCCAGCUGGCCCGCGCUCGCCAUCCCAUGGCGGCUCCUCUACGGCUGCACGGACAUCGCCUUCACUUCCCAUGGCGCCUACUGGCGCGGCGUGUGCAAGAUCGCCGUGCCCCCACCUGCUGAUCCCGCCAGGGUGCGCGCCUACCGCGGUGUGCGCGAGGAGGAGGUGGCCGAGCUUGUCCGGAAGGUGGAGCAGCAGGCACAUGAAGGCGGCGACGUGGUGCGGCUAAGUGAGCUCUUAAGUGGCUUCGCCAAGGACGUGAACGGGUGGAUCGUGCUCGGGGUGCGCACCUCGGGCAGGGCCAGCUGGCGCGCCAAGGUGGACGCGCUGCUCGAGGAGUCAAUUGUGCUCCUCGGGUAG